AGUUUAUUCCCCCGCAUGAGGACUGCCUGGUGCUUAUCUCAUUUGCUCUGCCUCACUUUCGCCGGUUCAAUCGGCCCUCUACUCCCAACUAGAAAGGUUCAUAGUGGUUUAGAGUCCUACAAGUACAUUCCUUCGGCGUGGGGGAGAAAAGAGAUCCCAUCUUGUUGGAGUCAUCAAUGUCCUCGUUCGGCCAACUUCACAUGGGACUUUUACUGGGAUCAAAUUUUGAAACUUGGAGUGAGGAACUUGGUGCUCGGUGGCUGCAAAGCCUACGUUACUGGUGUAUUAAAGUGCUGGGGUUGGACGCCCUGCAAAUUCGCUGCUUUGAAGGAGCGUGUGGCAUCUCGAGGCGGCAAAAUACUGAUCGAUCUAGACUUCGACGGUCCAAAAAACCUAUACAACGAGACUUUUAUCGUGAACAGCAUUCGUAACUUAACUAAGUACUACCCUGGUGACGGUAUACGUGUUACGUAUGGGCCUCAGUAUUUCGACAAAAGAUCCCUGGUGAAAGUACUCAAAAUCGCCGUGGAGACUGCGAAUGAGCUCAACAUGAUCUCGGCGAUCCGGUCCGAAAUGGGGGCCAAGUAUCUCGGACCCUUCGACUGGAAUAUUUUGAAGCAGAGUGGCCUGUUAAGGAUCGUGAAGCUCAUGUUCGUUGACGUUGUCGCGUGGCCUAAGAGGACACCCUUGUUCAUUACUGACAAGUUUUCGGAAGACUUGAUAGCCAAUGUCUCUCGGGCUGGGCUAGAUACUGAUAAAAUGAUCCUCCAGAUUAACCCCUGCACUCCACAGAUUAACGGAGACGAUACUAUGGGAUACGCGAAUAUGAUAGUCGACGCCCAUUGUGAUCCGAAUGGAAACGGCACCUGCAAGUUCUACGAAAUGUACUUCAACUAUUUCCCCCAGCAUCUCAUUAAGAGCAAGAUCCCCUUGGCGAAGAAGCAUGGUCUCCAUGGUUUAUCCAUGGACCGCAACUAUCCGGAACAGACUGAUCUCUUACCUUGGGACGAACGCUCUAUGUUUUAUACCUUGUUUACCAAUAUGUGAUGAUGUCUGUUAACUAAACCAUUUCAUAGGCGACUGGAGGAUGCAAUUCGGAGCUAUUUUCAUAGGCGUCCUCAAGAUGCUGUAUCGGUGAGCCUUGGUCAAGUUACAGCUCACUGUAAGGCGUUUCAGUGACUCGACGGGGUUUCCCGAAUAUGAGUUGAAGUCGCAUUGCGAGAUUCCAUCUACUUUUUUCACCGCU